AAAAAACAAAACAAAAAGACGCUUGUUAUUCGCCAGGUCUCCGUACUCUUCUCCAACUCGCUACAUCUCUCCGACGUUACUCGUCCUGCAAGGAAUACCCACACAAAGCACUCCAUCCCUUUUUAAAACACAUCACAUAAAACAUGUCUAUCCCCGCUGGUAACGCCACUAACGGAGCCAAGCUCUUCAAGACUCGUUGUGCUCAAUGUCACGUUGUUGAAAAGGGUGCACCCCACAAGGUCGGACCCAACUUGCACGGCCUUUUCGGUCGUCAAUCUGGUACCGCUGAAGGCUUCUCGUACUCCGCCGCUAUGCAAAAGAAGCAAGUGACGUGGACAGACGAGAACAUGUUCACCUACCUUGAGAACCCCAAGAAGUUUGUUCCUGGUACCAAGAUGGUGUUCGCUGGCUUCAAGAAGCCCCAGGAACGUGCAGAUGUUAUUGCAUACCUUAAGGACGCCACAGCUUAAGCGUGCUUCCUCGCUUUUGCGCAUGGUGUGGGGAAUCAUGGCGGGCUGGGCAAAGUGUUCAUUUUUUAUUUCAUUAAUAGACGAAUCUCUUUCAUUCAAGUGAACUCCCGUAUUUAUACCCGUCAGCCAGUCUUUUAUCAAUUAUCGUCCUUGUGGUGCAAUUCUAACAUUUCUCAGGAAUCGUGAUUUUCUUAACCUGUACACGAGCUGUACACUAUCUAGUAGUUCAAAGCCUUCUUGAUACCUUCGACGCAUCGUAUCGCACUGGGUACAUA